CUCGACUUAAGAGUCUCGUGAACUGGAUAAAAUACUGGAUCUUACAACCCGAAGAAUAUAUCUACGCAGUUGAAGUAAUGCGUAACGAAUUAAGACGUAGCAACUAACACGUUCUAUAUAAUUUCUAGAACGUGUCACAGUGUGAAGAAGACUGACUGACACAUACAAAAACUCGGCUUGCUUCCAACUCUACCUACGACUUGAAGGCUGCAAUCAUUUACCUGACAAUGGAACAACCACCCCCAUAUACCGAGUUCUCAGAACUCACUCUCGACCCUGAUUAUGAAUGGGAGAAAGAACCAAGCGUCACCGAGACAGAGACAGAGACAUGGCUCCCCUCUGUGCCAGCAACAAAUACACUGACCGUAUCCCUCACCACGAACGACACCUUCCACUUCUGCAAGAGAAAAUUAGAAGAAAACUCCUGCACCGGCCUCCUCGCACUCGCGCGCCAGCACGGUCCAGAAUUAAUCCUCGGUGGACCUAACAGCAUGACACAGAAAUGCAUCGAGGCGUACAGCAACCCGUACUCCCCUCUCGCCAUGACGCUUUUCGCCGAGUAUAUCGAGACAGGGCGCCUGCGACCCGCUGUCCGACAUUCAUCUGCGCUGUCCUCGCAUACAGCGUAUAUAGUGCUCUACACUAUCUCCAACGCGCUUGCCUCGGAGGAAUUCUCCAAUUUGAUCAUCGAUGAGUUUAUUUCUUUGAACGGGGACAUGGUAUCCGAGACCAAUCCCUCAAUGAUAACGAUAAUAUUCAAACUCUCAUUCCCAGAUGAGCCUCCAGCUGCUUUGAAGGAGAUGUGUUUGCAGUAUAUGGCGAAUGGGAGUUUGGAGGUUUUGGAGAUGGAGUUGGAGGAUAAGGAUAGUAGAGAGAAAUUGAAAGAUGUGGUCGCCGACUUGGCAUUGAUGCUGGUUAAGACGACGAGAGGGAGGAGUGAUCAUUUGGUGAUGCCGAGUAGAAAGAACAGUUGUGAGGUUGAGUUGAUGGUCGUGGUGAUGAAGCUCUCAAUGGGAACCUGUCCAUUCUCCAUGACGACCUCAAUGCCAGCGAUCCUGAGCAUUCAGCCAUUGCGAUAUGCAGAGGAUCUAGACCUCUACCACGAGCAUAGCAAUAAGAUGGCGAAAAAUACUUCCUCUGAUCCGAAGUGGAGCGAGGUGGAGGGAACGCUAGAGGACAAGCAGGAUCAGAUGCAGGCAAGAAAUCAGAAAUACAGGCACGACUUUAUUCCACAAGCAAUCUUUUUCGCCAAAGCUUUCGUGACACAUGCUGAAAAUUGGGAAAAAACAAUCACUAACGACCGAAUACGAACGCAGCCGACGUCCGAGUCACAUUCCGGCAUACUGCAGAUGAUGCGACAAGGUCACCACAACCAUCCACUUUCAUUUCUGCUUGUUGCUUCACGUUGA